GAAGUCUUCGUACAGAACAGUACAAUUAUAUUUUUGUGUUCUACGGUGAACCAUUUGAAGAACAUUUUUGUAAUAUUUUUUUUUGAUCCUGUCAACGCCAAUGAUUGGACAUUUUUGUAAUAUUUUUGAUCCUGUCAACGCCAAUGAUUGGGUAGAAUCUCUAGUGAGGAAGAAGCUGCCUUGCUUUGGGUCCUCGAAGUCGGGCAGCGACAAUGACGACUGCUCUGGGGAGAAGGCCUGCCUGGACGCGAAGUACAUCGAUCCCUUUUCCCUGCCCAAUGCCUGUGGAGCUCAGGCUCGCUGCUCGGUACAGGACCACAUUGGAGUGUGAUCCUGCGCAGUACCGGAGAUGCCAAUUUGGGAUGAGUGCAGCUGCAGUACUGCCAGCAGGAUGGAAAGGAGGGUGCCCAGGGAAGCAUCUGCUUCCAUGGAAUCUGGGGUGCCCUGUUCCUGUGUCUGCCAGGAAACCUGCAAGUCGCUCGCCACCUGCCUCCAGUUCUGUUCAAAUAACUUCGGCAUCAAGGAGGGAUUCUUCGGAGACGCCAAGUACGGAAGCCGCAAGAACGAGUUAAGCAGGGACGAUGAUGACUGUUCGAAUGAGACAUCCAUAUGAGGAAGAUCGCCAGCCCUCUGCACCAGCAGCAGUGCCAUUUCAUCGACAAACUGACGAAGCAGCUCUUUUCCUCUGUUUCAACCAAGUCGGCAUCCGGGCCCAAAACUUUCCCGUAGUACUUUUUCAUCGACACCACCUCGACGAUUGUUGUGCAAUUCGGACGAGUCCCUAUCAACGGGGAGUCACUCCUUGGAUGAUCUUUCCCGGCUUUGUUGACCCACUGGAGGAGGUCUUUUCCAGAGGGAAAGGUCUUUUCCCCACUGGGUCAACGAAGGCGGACAACGACCAUUCAAGGAGUGACUGCUCCGUCGUUGGGGAUUUUUUUGAAUUGCGUACUAUCGAAGUGAUGCCGGUGGCUAAACAGUACGAGGAAGCUGUGGGCCCCUAUACCGACUUGGUUGAGAUAGAGGAAGUGGGCUGCAUCGUCAAUAGAGUUGCGAUCACGGCCUGCGCCCGGCGUUUAUCUGCAGACACUCUUGGAACACCGAGGAGCGGUCCCCAAUCUUCGGAGCACAUGCAGAAACCAUAAACAUAAUUAAUUGAUGUAAUACAA